AUGUAUCCUCAGUCAGUCCAUGUUUAUCUAUCUAUCUAUCUAUCUAUCUAUCUAUCUAUCUAUCUAUCUAUAACAGACAUUCAUUUGUCUCUCCUCUCUCUCUCUCUCUCUCUAGUGAACGUAAUGUAUCCUCAGUCAGUCCAUUUUUCUCUCUAUCUAUCUAUCUAUCUAUCUAUCUAUCUAUCUAUCUACAUUCAUUUUCAUUUGUCUCUCUCCCUCUCUCUCUCUCUGCCGAGUGAACGUAAUGUAUCCUCAGUCAGUCCAUGUUUAUCUAUCUAUCUAUCUAUCUAUCUAUCUAUCUAUAACAGACAUUCAUUUGUCUCUCUCCCUCUCUCUCUCUCUCUGCCGAGUGAACGUAAUGUAUCCUCAGUCAGUCCAUGUUUAUCUAUCUAUCUAUCUAUCUAUCUAUCUAUCUAUCUAUCUAUCUAUCUCUCUCUCUCUCUGACAUUCAUUUGUCUCUCUCUCUCUCUCUCUCUCUCUGCUAUCUAUAACAGUUCAUUUGACGUCUCUCUGUAUCCUCAGUCAGUCCAUGUUUAUCUAUCUAUCUAUCUAUCUAUCUAUCUAUCUAUCUAUCUCUAA